AUGUGAUCUCUAUAAGUUGUGAGAGCUCCCCCUGCUUGCUUCUCAAAAAUUUCAUUCCUGCAGUUCAAUCUCUCUCCCCCCCCCCCCCCCCCCCCCCCCCCCCUUCUCUCUCUCUCUCUCUGCGCCAUGGUUUCUACAGAAGCUGCCAGAACAACAGUUGGAAUUUUAGGAAACAUCUCUGCCUUCAUCUUGUUCGCAUCCCCACUGCCAACUUUUGUGAGGAUAUGGAAGAAAGGGUCGGUGGAGCAGUACUCGGCGGCCCCAUACUUGGCGGCGAUAGUGAACUGCGGCUUCUGGGUCAUGUACGGGCUGCCGAUGGUGCACCCCCACAGCAUGCUGGUGGCCACCAUCAACGGCACCGGCAUGGUUAUGGAGCUGUGUUAUCUGCUUCUUUUUGUCUGCUACUCUGAUGGGAAGAAGAGAUUGAGGGUGGUUCUGGUGCUGGUGGCGGAGGCCGUCGCCAUGGGCUGCUUCUUGGCGGUGGUUCUGAGCUCCCUUCACACGACCAAGCAGAGGUCCACCAUUGUUGGGAGCAUGGCCGUGGUGGGGAGUGUCCUCAUGUAUGCUGCUCCCUUGUCUAUUAUGAAGCUAGUGAUCUCCACAAGAAGUGUGGAGUACUUGCCACUCUCCAUUUCAUUGGCUUCCUUUGUCAAUGGCAUUUGUUGGACUUCUUAUGCUCUCAUCGGCACCUUUGACCCCUUUGUCAUGGCCCCCAAUGGAUUGGGUGCAGUGUUUGCGCUGGCCCAAAUUAUACUCUACGCCGUAUACUACAAGUCCACUAAGAAGCAGCUAAUGGACCAGCAGAGUAAAAGCGAGAUGGGCUUGGCCCAAAUGACUCUUUCAGGAGGAUCCGAAAAGAUGACCAAAGCCCAUGUUUCUCACCUCGACAGAAAUUGAUCUAUGUCCAUUUUGGUUUCUCCCAUGGGCUUGGGCUUGGUCUUGGGCCCGAGCUCAUUAUACUAACCUAUCUUUGUUAACCAUCUGGCUUGUAUUUUUAAUUGAAGGUGGUGAUGAAAAACUAAAAGCAUUCCCCUUUUAUCCAGAAUAAAUGAUUAAAAAAUGUCAACCCUUUUAAUUUUUAAUUUUAAAUUGCUUAUA